AAAUAAAACAUAACAAUAACGUCCUUUUCAGUUUCCUUUCCUCCUCAGCCGCGGCGUCUUACCGCGGCCGCAACAUUCUUAAUUAUCAACCUUUUCUUCUCUCCAUACAAAAGCAAAAGAGAAAUAAAUAAAUAAAUAAAUAAAUAAAUAAAUAAAAAACAAUAGUUGCUGUUGUUUGAAAGGAGAGACAAAGCAUGAAAUUGUUUAAGGAAGUAAAAACUUCCUCGUACCAAACAUUUCUCUUAUUAUUAUUAUUGUUGUUUAUCUUGUCCGGUUUUGAAAUUUGUCACGGACAAGCUGAUGAUGACUAUGCGGCGCCUCCACCACCACCAGCUGAACUCGAAAACUGCGACGGAAUAUUUCUAACCUACAGUUUAACCUCAAGGGAAAAAGAAUAUCCGCACGUAAAAAAUGUGACGGCACAGGCGUGGGCGUUUAAAUCGGAAGCUACAUUGAUGAAUGUUGGGGACGAGGAAUUGAAAGGUUGGAAAAUGUUUAUUGGGUUUCAGCAUAGGGAGAUUCUUGUUUCGGCCGACGGGGCUGUUCUGGUUGACUCAGAUGAUUUUCCGGCUGAGGUAGGAAAUGGGACUACACUUGCUGGGAGUGCUGCGACGGAUUUGAGGACCGCCAUUGAAACGGCUGGUGAUUAUACUCAAAUGACUGUUAGGGUUCAGAUGAGUGGAACUCAGUUUGGACUUGGUGCUGGUGGUAAACCUAUGCCUAAAACUAUUAAGCUUGUUAAUGAUGGCUUCAAAUGUCCCGCAGCUAGUCGUCAAGGUCAAAGAAUGUUUGUAUGCUGCAAAAAGGACCCAAAAUUCAAAGCCAAACUUGACAAGAAAACAAAGUUCCUUCCUCGUCGCUAUGGCGACCUAACCAUAGCAUAUGACGUACUUCAAUCCUUCAAAACCAGCUACUAUGUACAAAUAACCAUGGAUAACAAUCAUCCAUUAGGUCGUCUUGAUCAUUGGAACAUAACAUGGGAAUGGCAAAAAGGCGAGUUCAUUAACACAUUAAAAGGUGCUUACGCUCGCAUAAAAGACCCUUCUGAAUGUUUAUAUGGUCCUGCUGGAAGAUACUAUGGUGACUUAGAUUUCUCACAAGUUGCAAACUGUCAAAAAAAGCCUAUUCUCUCUGAUCUUCCUUCUGAAAGAAAAGAAGAUGAAAAAGUUGGUAAAUUACCUUGGUGUUGUAGGAAUGGUACUGUUUUACCACCUAUUAUGGAUAAGAACAAAGCAAGAUCAAUUUUUCAGAUGCAAGUUUUUAAAAUCCCACCUGAUGAUAACAGAACAGCACUUACACCACCAAUGAAAUGGCACAUUGAUGGUGUUAUUAACCCUAAAUACACAUGUGGACCACCAAUUAGAGUUGAUCCACAACAGUUUCCUGAUCCAAGUGGACUUAAAGCAAUCUCAACAGCUUUUGCCAGUUGGCAAAUAGUUUGCAAUAUGACAAAACCGAAGCCGAAAGAAAACCGUUGUUGUGUUUCGUUUUCGGCUUUCUAUAAUGAAUCUGCUAUCCCUUGCAACACAUGUGCAUGUGGUUGUGAUGAUACAAGAAAGUGUAAUGCCAAUGCUCAACCUUUACUUCUUCCACCUGAUGCACUUCUUGUCCCAUUUGUGAAUAGAACAUUAAAGGCGCGCGCAUGGGCGAAACUCAAACACAUGCAUGUUCCGAAUAAGUUACCUUGUGGAGAUAAUUGUCCUGUGAGUAUUAACUGGCAUGUUAGUUCUGAUCAUAAGGAAGGAUGGACGGCUAGGAUGACAAUUUUCAAUUGGGAAGAUUUCUCUUUUGAUGAUUGGUUCGCUGCAAUUAAGUUUGAUAGGCAUUUUGAAGAUUUUCAAGAUGUUUACUCGUUUAAUGGAACGAGAAUCCCCGGUAUCAAAACCAUUUUCUUUCAAGGACUUAAAUAUUUGAAUUACUUAGCAGGAGAGACUAACGGAACUCAUAUUGGCGAUCCAAGGGUGCCAGGGAAACAACAGUCUGUGAUUUCUUUUCAUAAGAAACACGCGAAAGAUUUCAAUGUUGUGCGCGACGCUUUUCCUUCUAAGGUUUACUUCAAUGGAAUGGAAUGUGCACUUCCUCCACAUAGACCUGCUAAAAGUUUAGGGCAUAAAUCUUCUAUCAGUGUCAUUACAGUCAUUUUCACAGCUUUUAUGACAUUCUUGCUCAUGACAGAUCGCUUUUUCUAAGUCAUUGUUGUUAUAGUUAUCAUUUUGCAACCGUGGCUUUCGUAAAAAACUGCACUUUGAGUCUUAUCAUCAAGAUGGUUUGUGUGCCUAUGACUGAAUGCGUGAUGAGUGAUGCAGCUUGUUUGUGUAAAAAGUACAUAACAGUAUAUAUGAUCUGAUAUAAGAUUGUGUGGAACUAAUAGUUCAUUACAUAUCUAGUUCAUAUUACAAAUUAGAUGUCCUUUUUGUGUAUCAUUAAUUAGUUUAAGUUGAUCAUAUGUUUGAUCAUAUGAUUUGAAUUUAAAAUUUUGGGGGUGGGGGGGGGGGGGGGGGGGGGGGGGGGGUGGAGGGGACUAAUAUUUCCUUUCUUUGGUUUCAAAAGUUUAUAUUAUAAGUCAGAUAAUGAAAUUUGGAAGAGAGCAUACAAGAAUAGAAUUAUGGAGUGAUUUUGCUGUUGAAUGCAAAUGAUAUGCUGAGUGAAAGAAUUUAGUGCAUAAACAUGCAUUUUUUAUGGCACAAAA